AUGGCCGAGAAGACGUUGCCAAGCCCCAGUGGGGGCAUCACGCCGCUGCAGCAGAUGCUGGCCUCGGGGACGGGGGCCAUCCUCACCUCCCUCUUCGUGACGCCGCUGGACGUGGUGAAGAUCCGGCUGCAGGCCCAGAGGACCCCCUUCUCCAAAGGGAAGUGUUUCCUCUACUGCAACGGACUCAUGGACCAUCUGUACGUCUGCCAGAAUGGCAACGGCUGCACUGCCUGGUACAAGGCCCCCACCCGCUUCACUGGCACGCUGGAUGCCUUUGUGAAGAUCACGCGCUAUGAGGGCGUCAGGUCUCUGUGGAGCGGCUUGCCCCCAACCCUGGUCAUGGCUGUGCCAGCCACCGUCAUUUAUUUCACCACCUACGACCAGCUCCGGGACUACCUGCACGCUCGGACGGGAAGCCGGGGGCACCACAUCCCCUUGCUGGCUGGGGCCCUCGCCAGACUGGGCGCCGUGACGGUCAUCAGCCCCUUGGAGCUGAUCCGCACCAAGAUGCAGUCCCGGCAGCUCAGCUACCAGGAGCUGGGCGUCUGCAUCCAGUCGGCAGUGGCUCAGGACGGCUGGCUGUCCCUCUGGAGGGGCUGGGGACCCACUGUGCUGCGAGAUGUCCCCUUCUCGGCUCUCUACUGGUUUAACUAUGAGCUGGUGAAGGAAUGGCUCUGCAGGCAGGCCCGGCUCGAUGAGGCCACGUUCAUGAUCAGCUUCGCGUCCGGGGCCAUCUCUGGAACGGUGGCUGCGGUGCUGACGCUGCCCUUUGACGUGGUGAAGACCCAGCGGCAGAUCGAGCUGGGAGACAGCGAGGUGCACCCAGUCGCAGCUUCCAAGCCUUCCUCCACCUGGCUACUCAUGCAGCGCAUCCGUGCCGAGUCUGGCACCCGGGGGCUGUUUGCAGGCUUCCUGCCCCGCGUCAUUAAGGUGGCACCCGCCUGCGCCAUCAUGAUCAGCACCUACGAAUUUGGCAAGACCUUUUUCCAGAAGCUGAACCAGGAGCGGCGACUGCCCGGGUUGUGAGCUGGGGCAGGGCUGGAUGCAGCCGAUGGCCCAGGGGACGCUGCCAACCCUGCUCCUGGC